GUAGCCGCUGAGACAUUUUGCUGACAGCCCAUUCUUGUCUUUAUUCAUUUCACGGCCGUCGUGUUUUCUUUUUUACGAAUGCGAAAUCCGAUGUAUCUUUUAAUCAAUUACCGUCUCGAAUGAAAUCUUUUGUCCCUUUGUGCUGACAUCUGCAAGGUUCUUGGCUAGCUCGUAACCAUAUAACAAGAUGCCGUCGUCAGGACGGGCAUUGUUGCUGUCCUCGUUGCUUCUAUUGUCAUCCAGUACAUCGGCAUUCUACCUUCCCGGUGUCGCGCCGACUUCAUACGAUGAAGGCCAGUCGGUACCGCUAUAUGUGAAUCAUCUCACACCUGGAAUCGCCAGACAAGAUGAUCAAUUGCACGCUGUUCUGUCGUACGAUUACUACAACCCUAUAUUCCAUUUUUGCCAGCCCAAGGAUGGACCGGCCGAUGUGAGGGAAUCAUUAGGCAGCAUCAUAUUUGGAGAUCGCAUUCGCACAUCGCCAUUUGAGUUGCACAUGGCUAAGAAUGAGACCUGUAAGGCUGUUUGUGGUGAAGUGGAAUUUGGACCGCGGGAUGCGCGGUUCACGAAUAACCGCAUUGCUCAGGGGUACAACAUCAACUGGCUGGUAGACGGGUUACCUGCUGCUAUGUUAAAUCUCGAUCCCAUCACUGAAGCGGAGUUCUACAACCCGGGCUUUCUCAUGGGCUAUGUUGACGAAAAUGGCCAAUCUUACCUCAACAACCAUUUCGAUAUUAUCAUCGAUUAUCACGAGGUUGGCCUCGCCACGCAAGACAAGUACAGGGUAGUAGGUGUGCUAGUUCAACCGGACUCUCGUGGCGAAUCUUCUAUCGAUGCCGAUAAUCAAGUCGACUGCGGUGAAGAGGGCGGCCCGAUGAUGCUGAGCGAGGAGAACCCGACAAAGGUCGUUUGGACCUACAGUGUCUAUUGGAGGGAAUCGGACACUGCAUGGGCAACACGAUGGGAUAAAUAUCUCCAUGUUUUCGAUCCUAAGAUCCACUGGUUUUCCCUCAUCAACUCUACUGUUUUCGUGGUCUUCCUAGUCGGCAUGGUCAGCAUGAUUCUCAUCCGUGCGCUAAGGAAGGAUAUUGCUCGAUACAACCGGCUUGACCAAAUUAACCUUGAUGAUCUUAACGGCACCUCUGUCGUCGAAGAUGGUAUCCAGGAAGACUCGGGCUGGAAACUUGUACACGGAGACGUCUUUCGCUGUCCGAAGAGUCCACUGCUUCUUAGUGUUUUGCUUGGAAACGGAGCUCAAUUGUUUGUCAUGACCGGUGUCACUGUUGCCUUUGCACUAUUUGGCCUGCUUUCUCCCGCUAACCGAGGAUUCUUGGGAACCACGGUUGUCAUCCUAUACACAUUGCUCGGUUUUAUCGGAGGCUAUGUUUCCUCUCGCGCCUAUAAAUCGUUUGGCGGCGAAGCAUGGAAACGCAAUAUUGUCAUGACGCCUCUUUUGAUCCCCGGUCUUGUCUUUUCCUGGUUCUUCCUAUUAAAUUUGUUCGUCUGGGCCAAAGGAUCGAGCGGCGCGGUGCCAUUUACUACCAUGCUUGCGGUGAUCGCUAUCUGGUUUGUGAUUAGUCUUCCGCUUAGUUUUGCGGGUAGUUGGAUCGGAUUCAAGUCCCCAGCUUUUGAAGCUCCUACCAAGACGAACCAGAUUCCCCGGCAAAUCCCACCUGCAGUUGGAACGCUUCGUCCGAUUCCAUCGCUCCUACUCACUGGUAUUCUACCAUUCGGAGCCAUCUUUGUAGAACUUUACUUCAUCAUGAACUCUCUAUGGACCAGCAAGAUCUACUAUAUGUUUGGAUUCUUGUUUCUCUGCUACGGCUUGAUGGUGAUUACGACCGCCGCCACCACUAUUUUGCUCGUUUACUUUAUGCUUUGCGCUGAAGAUUAUCGCUGGUCAUGGCGUGCCUUUGGCGGCGCUGGUAUGACCGGAUUUUAUGUGUUUGUGAAUGCCCUCAUUUUCUGGGCCACCCGAGUCAGCUUUGGAGGAUUGACUGGAGCUGUGCUGUAUGUUGGAUAUUCGGCCUUGAUUGGCUUUUUGGUCUUCAUCUUGACUGGUACAAUCGGCUUCUUCGCAAGUUGGAUGUUUGUCCGCAAGAUAUACAGCUCCAUCAAGGUGGAUUAAACUUCUGCAAGAUGUACAGGAAAUAAGUACAAAGCUCAAGCAGAACCAUCACAUACUCAUCUCCUUGCGUAUGACCAUUUAAGUAGACACUCGCCUUAGCGGCAUACCCUGAUUCGAAGGAUGUCUACCUCUUCAGCCCCAGAAACAGGACGCUAGCUUUGUAUUAUUCUUUUCUUUCCCACUGUGUGAUUCUAGCCUUCGUGUGAUGUCCGCUGGGUUUUAUCCUCGAUUUAUAUACUAUUCGUCCACGUCUUAUUUUUGUCUUGGUCUGUUGACUUUUUGUGCCGUUUUCAUGGAACAGGCGUGUAUAUAGUUUAUAGAUGGCGCAUAAAA